CUGCACUAUUCUUUUUCGGCCUAAAUCUCGGACUCGGACGUACUUCCUAUAUUUCCGCUCGGUUUGAGCCGCGUCUGCAUCUAUGUCGGCCUUACAGCAACGUAAGCCUACGGCGAGAUGGUUGCAGAAGACGGAAGAAUACUUUGCACUCAUGCGCAUGUCACCGCACGUUUUGCUUAACAGUAGUUCGAAAAGAGAUGCCUUCACAAGAUUGUGGAAAUUUAGCAGCCAGACUGCAAGCUACCGUGCCUUGUGCAUAAUCACCUGUCAAUACUGCUCACCGCUCAUGGAAAGGGCAUACUUCGAAAUAGAAGACUUGAAGAAAGGUUGUAGUUUCUGCGAGAUAGUCCGCCAGACUUCCCGUCACUUUUCAGUGAAAGAAAUUAGAAGUGGAAUAUCUGUCAACUAUGGAUAUCCUGGCAUUGCUGUUAUAUUAGAGUGGCUUGAAUGUAAUUUCUUUAUCAGAGUACAGGUUCACUCCAAAGAGCCUCAUAACCCACACAACCCGUUUCCGCCCCCAAAGAACAACAUCAGCUUAGAUCCAGGCUCUGUAUCAGCUGUGGAUGUAGUGCAAGGUUGGUUUGCCGACUGUGAGAAGCGGCAUGACCUUUGCGCCGCUUACACUAGAGAGAAGCGAUCUCUGCCAAGUCGCAUCCUCCAAAUUGUUGGGGAAGACGAGAUUCGUCUGAUCUCUCCGUCUGAACUGAUAAAGUAUACUGCUCUUACUUACUGUUGGGGGGGCUCUAGACAACCUAUAACAACAACUGAGAAUUACGCCAGCCGUUGUCACAACUUCUCGUUUCACGAUUUUCCACAAACACUGAAGGACGCAAUAUCCUUCACUCGCGCACUUGGUAUUAAUUACAUAUGGAUCGAUUGCCUGUGCAUUGUGCAAGAUGACAAUGAGGACUGGGCUGCUGAAGCUGCCCGCCUGGCUGAUAUCUAUUCGGGCGCAUUCGUUGUUCUUGCUGCGACCCGAUCGAGCGACGCUGCUGAAGGUUUCCUACAGCAACGCGAAAAGCCCCUUGAAAUCUCCAUAUCAAAUGGACAAAGGCGCAAGCUUGAGGUUCAAGUGAGACGCACGAGCAACCAUAAAUGGUGGGAUGGGGGUUUAGACCUGAGAAACCUCCCGCUGUUUCAAAGAGGCUGGUGCUUGCAAGAACGGCUGUUGGCAUGCCGUAUUGUGCACUUUCUGCCUGACGAGAUCUUAUACGAGUGCAAAGAAGCGGUACGAUGCGAAUGUGAUCUUAGGCACGAGAUGUCGAAGUCCAAAGAUUGGUGGGUCGACACUGAAGGAAUGCUGUGGCCUCCGAUCUCAAUACAGAACAGCGACGACUACAAUGAUGUUUACACUUUCUGGUUACGGUGGAAACAACUCGCAUAUGAGUUCAGUCGUCUCAACUUGACGUACGCAGAUGACGCCCUGCCUGCACUUUCCGGAUUCGCAAGUCGUUCCCUUUCUUUGCACCCCGGGAGAUAUAUCGCAGGUGUAUGGGAAAAGGGGAUAGCGUUUCAUCUCAGCUGGUAUCGUCAGACUGCGAUACCUAGCACAGACGAUGCAGGGCAGAGUCGCACAGCAUCCGUACCCACGUUCUCAUGGCUAUAUCAUCUCAACCAAGUUAUGUACCCAGUCAUCCUUUCCAACUCCCGUCCCAUAUGCACAUAUCUCGAUGGAGGCAGUACACUGACUACAUCCGACCCUUUCGGUAGAGUCUCAGAUGCAUUCAUUCAACUUAAAGGACACUCCAUCAACGGCCUAGAUCUGAUCAAGUACCUCAAUAACGAUGAGGACCAUGGCCUCGCUGAAGAAGCCGUGUUGCUACGGACACCCAUCUCUAUCAAGAUAGAUGCAUCACCACACGAAUACUGGUCGGACGAUGUAUUCUAUCCACGGACAGCACUGAUAAAGGAGCUCGAUUGGUGCACUGUGAGGGGCUUUGGCUUACUUCACUACACGUUUAGUGGCGACGAGGUUGUCAUUCUGUUGCUGCUUUCUCCUGCAUCAGAUGGCUCGUCGUUUGUGCGGGUCGGACUUGUAGGCCAGUGUCCCAAACUCAUCUUCGAUAAGUACGCCGCCGAAUGCACUGUCACUAUAGUGUAAGGCUACACAGUGGGGGUGAUCGGCUGUCUGCAGGCCGGAUCACAUAUGGACGACACGAACGACUUAGCACAAGGAUUCUUUACUUUCGACUUUGCUCUUCUGAUCAAUUUUCAGCUCAGAGUCGUGCCAGAUAUGGAGCGUGACAAAGGCAGCGCGGGAAAUUCAAAAUCAGUUAGAAUAUCACGAAUUUGCCUUGAGUCGACACAAGAAGUGCACUCGUUUGUCGCAGAAUAAGGCUGCCAUACAAAAGUAUCUGUUUGUUUCAAGUCUGAAGUCAGCUUCAGUAGCAUACUUGGUACAUCGGGUCAGCAGACAUAGCGAUCGUGAGAUCGUGUCCAGGUAGAAAGAGGUACUUGCUGG